CUAGUGUAUGGGGCCGAGCCACUAGAGGGCGCUGGUCGAGACUGUCCCUUCUUUAUGGUAAGGAAUGCAGAGGGGCUAGAGGUCAAAGUUGAAUGUUUGACAGAAAGCUGAAUAUGGAUUCCAUAUUUCAUGAGAAACAAGAGGGCUCUCUUUGCGCCCAACACUGUCUCAACAACCUCCUGCAGGGUGAGUAUUUCACUCCUGUGGAUCUGUCCUCCAUUGCUCAUCAGCUUGAUGAAGAGGAAAGAAUGAGGAUGGCUGAGGGAGGUAUGGCCAGUGAGGAGUAUAGGACCUUCUUACAGCAACCAUCUGGUAACAUGGAUGACAGCGGGUUCUUUUCAAUACAAGUAAUUAGCAAUGCACUGAGUGUGUGGGGCUUGGAGCUAAUCCUCUUCAACAGCCGGGAGUACCAGAGCCUCAUGAUUAAUCCAAUAAAUGAGAAAGCCUUCAUAUGCAACUACAAGGAGCACUGGUUUACUAUACGCAAGCUUGGGCAGCAGUGGUUUAACCUGAAUUCGUUGUUGACUGGACCAGAGUUGAUAUCAGACACCUAUCUAGCACUUUUCCUUGCACAGUUACAACAAGAAGGUUAUUCCAUAUUUGUGAUUCGAGGAAACCUCCCUGAGUGUGAAGCGGAGCAGAUUCUUGGGAUUAUGAGGGUGCAGCAGCAGCAGCGACCAAGGCUUAUUGGAGAGGAUGAAGCCCAGCCAAGUGCAGGCAGGUCUGCAGCUCUGAGCCAGUCUGAAAUGGGCUUUGGUGUGGAGGAUGAGGUUGUGGAUGAAGAUGAAGAGUUGAAGAAAGCUCUGGCACUCAGUAGGCAGGACAUAGAUGUGGAAGAUGAAGAAGCUGAUCUUCGCAGGGCCAUACAGCUUAGCAUGCAAGGAGCAGUGAUGAGCAACAAGUCAUCAGAGUCAGAAAUGGGAAAUGUGAAAUCAGGGAGCCAGGCAGCAGGGAGUGCUGCAGGAGGACCAAGAGAAGGCCAGAUUGAGGCGCUUACAGCCGAGGAACUGCGGAAGAGGAGACAAGCCUAUUUUGAUCGGCAGCAGCAACAUGCUCAGCCAAACAUUCCUCAACAACCAGACACAAAAUCAACAGGUGGCUCAGGAUCUGUAAACACUGGCUCUGCAGAGGACCAACAACAAAAGCCCAGCCAGUGAAAGUGUGCAAGGUUUGCCUAUGUUGUUUACCAGCUGCCAGGAUUGGCAACCCCAUACAGGGGUAGCUUUGCUCCUUCCUGUAACCUUUUGCACAUGCGAACAUACAGUAAGGACAGUCAGAAGGCUGACACAUUUCCAGUGGUUAGUUCGCUGACAGGUUAUAGAGAAGAGAACUACGACAAAGAAAAGGCAUCCGUUAGUCCUAUCUAACAAAGUGAGACACUGAUGCUGGGUAAAGGGUGACCACAGAACUCAUGAUGCAGUUAAUCAAAGUUUGCAAUUGCCUUUUUACCAUGGCGCCUUCUAUUUCUAUUGUACACUGUUUUUUUUUUUUUAUUCUGUUUGUUUUUUCUCUGGAAGAGAUGGAAAUGAAUCUUCAGCACACAAAGGGUUACUUAACUUUGUUUGGGCAUGAAUACAUACAGUAAUGGGUAUUCUGUGAAAGCCAUAGGAAACAUAGGAAUGGUAAGACCACAGAUAAAAGUAUGACACAUGAUGACGGAGCCCCCUACUUUUACAUUGGACUUGGUUUGUAGGAUAUAAGAUGUGAGUCCCAACACCCGCCAUACCAGAACACCUUUAGUUUGGAAAUCAUUUAUGGUACUGAAAUAUCUUUUAGCCAGCAGCACUAACAUGUGUGGGUCAUUUAUUCCUCACUUCAUCGAUCAUUUUACUUGUGAACGUCUAAGAGUGAAAUCCCAGGGUAUUUAGAUAACAUCAUAGUGAUGUUGUAGCUUUGUUAAUACCAUUAAGCGCAUAAGUAGGCAUAAUGAAAUGUAAGAACACACAUCUCACAAACAUUUAAUGUAAGGUUGUUUUGUCCAUUUUGAAUGGACAGUGAACAAAAUAAUUCUAUUUACCUAUUUGCUGAAUCUAAGAUGCUUUUGACUGAUGCAUAUUUGUCACAUCUUGUCAAGAAUACGUUAAAAUGUAAUGUGGAACAAGAAGCAAUCUGUAAACACUAUGAAAUUGCAUCUAAUAGAUAUAUGCAUAGUUAACUUUUUUUUCCAGCAAAGUAUGAUAAUUUAAAACCAAAAAAAAAUCUUACAUGUCCAACCAGCCUACCUAGUAUAUGAUUUAAUCUCCUGUUUCUCCUCAUCACGAUUGGUCAUGAUGGGGAAUUUAUUAUAAAGAAAGAAUUGUUAAAAUGAUCAUUCUCACUUUGAUGUACCUCCACAAAUAGUUGAUAGUUUUAGCCUGAACUAUUGUUUUAAUUGCACUAAUUUGACUUAUCCUGUAUUUCAAUAAUACUUUGUUCACAUCAGUUAUACAAAGAUACAUUCAUGUGCACUGAGGUUGCCUUGAGUUAAAACUAUAUAAGCCAUUGGCUAAUCAAUGACAUUCAGAAAUAACAGUAAAAUUGUGAGAAUGAAGGCUGACUGACAAAUUUAAAAUCCAAAGAUAGAAAAAAAAAAAACAUCGAAAAUGUGUCCAUGCAUUCACUCUCAAGAGUUUGUUGUAUUCAUACAAAUACAACAAACUCUUGGUUUUAUAAUUUAUAAAAUCAUGUUGCAACACAAUUUUGAUAAAUAGACCACAUAAAAGCAUCAUAGUGUUAAGUCUGUUUAAAGUCAUUAUUUUUACUGGAACCAAUGACUGCUCAGCAUGGAUUUAUCUUGAUGCCUCCACAAAAGUAUUGGAUGGCAUUCAAUGUUGGACUUCUUGUGCUGGAUGAUUUCCAAGAAAAUUCCAUGAUGUCAUUGUUUUCCUUUGCUUUGGAUUUGUUCGACUCUUUCUUUUAUUCAAAAUGCACUUGCAAAAGACUAUAAAAUGUUGUUAGUUGUGUUUUCACUCACUACAUUCUUACAAUAAAUACUCAUAAUUUUUGUUAUAUUCCACAUGUUACCAUAGCACAUUCUUUCAUUUAUGUAUUAGGGUUUGUUCCAGGAUUAAAGUGACAUUCACUCCCCC